AUGAGCUCAAACAAGAACGCUCGCUACAAUCGUUUUUCCAGUGGCACAACAAAUAUCACUACUUCCGAAAACACUAACGGGACAAGAAUGGAAACAACUUUUGGUCCAGCCUACUCUGCUGUGACAACCAUCACAAAGGCUGACGGGACCAAUACUUUUAAACAGCAUCGUCGGACCCCAUCCUCCUCCAGCACACUCACCUACUCCCCACGAGAUGAGGACGAUGGCAUGGUAGGUGUUGCCAGGAGCCCCCCUGCUGACUCGCUUAGGAGGACUGAACUUGCAGUCUCUGUGCAUAGGGUNCACUCUGAGUCCAACAUGUCCUUGCGCUCGACGUUCUCACUCCAUGAGGAAGAGGAGGAGCCAGAGCCACUGGUGUUUGCUGAACAACCGUCCGUGAAGCUGUGCUGCCAACUGUGCUGUAGUGUGUUUAAGGAUCCAGUCAUCACAACCUGUGGGCACACAUUUUGUAGAAGAUGUGCCUUAACAUCUGAGAAGUGCCCCGUGGACAACGCCAAACUGACCGUAGUGGUUAACAACAUUGCGGUGGCUGAGCAGAUCGGGGAGCUCUUCAUUCACUGCAAGUAUGGCUGCCGGCCUGCAGCCAGCAGCAAACCCGCUGCCUUCGAGGUGGACCCCCGUGGAUGUCCGUUUACAAUUAAACUGAGUGCCAGGAAAGAUCAUGAAAGCAGCUGUGAUUACAGGCCGGUUCGCUGCCCCAAUAAUCCCAGCUGCCCACCUCUCCUGAAAAUGAACCUGGAGGCACAUCUGAAAGAGUGCGAGCACAUAAAAUGUCCCCACUCCAAAUACGGGUGUACGUUCAUAGGAAAUCAAGACACUUAUGAGACCCACUUGGAGACGUGCAAGUUCGAGGGUCUGAAGGAGUUCCUGCAGCAGACAGAUGAUCGCUUCCAUGAGAUGCAGGUGGCAAUGGCCCAGAAGGACCAGGAAAUUGCCUUCCUGCGCUCCAUGCUGGGGAAGCUCUCAGAGAAAAUCGACCAGCUGGAGAAGAACUUGGAGCUUAAGUUUGAUGUGCUGGACGAGAACCAGAGCAAGCUGAGCGAGGAUCUGAUGGAAUUCCGCAGGGAUGCAUCCAUGCUGAACGAUGAGCUCUCCCACAUUAAUGCUCGGCUCAACAUGGGCAUCCUUGGAUCCUAUGAUCCUCAGCAGAUCUUCAAGUGCAAGGGGACCUUUGUGGGACACCAGGGCCCUGUCUGGUGUUUGUGCGUUUAUUCCAUAGGAGACUUGCUCUUCAGCGGCUCUUCAGACAAAACCAUUAAGGUGUGGGAUACCUGUACCACAUACAAGUGCCAAAAGACCUUGGAGGGUCACGAUGGAAUUGUACUGGCUCUCUGCAUCCAGGGGAACAAGCUGUACAGUGGCUCUGCUGACUGCACCAUUAUUGUCUGGGAUAUUCAAAACCUGCAGAAAGUGAACACGAUCCGAGCACAUGACAAUCCUGUUUGCACUUUGGUCUCCUCGCACAACAUGCUGUUCAGCGGCUCUCUCAAAGCCAUCAAGGUCUGGGAUAUUGUAGGUACCGAGCUCAAACUGAAGAAGGAGCUGACAGGUCUCAAUCACUGGGUGCGAGCGCUGGUGGCUUCUCAAAACUAUCUCUACAGCGGAUCUUACCAAACAAUCAAGAUUUGGGACAUCCGCAACUUGGAGUGUGUCCACGUGCUGCAGACGUCAGGAGGCAGCGUCUACUCCAUCGCUGUGACAAACCACCACAUUGUGUGUGGCACCUAUGAGAACCUCAUCCAUGUCUGGGAUAUAGAGACAAAGGAACAAGUCCGCACGCUGACCGGGCAUGUGGGUACUGUUUACGCCCUUGCUGUCAUCUCCACACCGGAUCAAACCAAAGUCUUCAGUGCAUCAUAUGAUCGGUCACUCAGGGUGUGGAGCAUGGACAACAUGAUCUGUACUCAGACGCUGCUGCGACACCAGGGUAGCGUCACUGCCCUUGCAGUCUCCAGGGGCCGCCUCUUCUCCGGCGCCGUGGACAGCACUGUAAAGGUCUGGACGUGCUAGCGAGAGCGCCACACUAGUCCUGCACACUGAAAGACCAAAAACUCCUUCCCUCCGUCGGCCUGCUGGGUGACUAACACCACUAUGAAAUAACUGCUGCAGCUCCUCUCCGCACCGACCACUGCCUGCUGCUGCCCAUCGGCCGGUUCCCCCACCCACAAGGACCCCGGCCGGCAGCUCUCAGGAUGGGUCUGGUUCAUGGAUGCUCCAGAUGUUCCCUCAGAUCUGCCAUAUACGAUUGGAAAUGCAGAAGAUGUUGUUGUGGUGCCAGCGCCUUCCGCACUGCAGACCCUUGGCCAGUGAUGGGACUGAAUGGUUCAGCUUGUCAUGGGAGCCGGCCUGGCCGGGGCGGUGACGCUGGGAGGCCGGUCCCUUUGUAAAUGGUAGAACUGAGCAUUAGGCCUUGCCCUGGGUUGGGACUCCAACCCCUUUCUGUCUCUAGUAUUUAAUUUUACUGCCAAGAUGUCAGGCUGAUCCAUCUGGGAAGAGGUGUUUUCUUGAGUAGCCAGGUACGAUUUUUAUGCCACAGCUAGUUCUCAAAUCAAGUAACACAAACCCAUUGUUCACCACCCUGUAAUAAUGGUCUCCACAUUAAAGAGAAAAAGCCUCUGUUGCAUUUUUACUCACAUUUUCUACUGUUUUUAAGAUUGUAAUAUAGAUUUGAUUAUUUCUUCAUUGACAAUAAAAGCCAAAAGAGUU